CCUAAGCACUCGGUUGACCGUAUGGAAGGUUUAGAGAAGAUGCUAUGGAUCCUCUUCUUUUCUUCCCCUUGUUCUUUUAGAGGAGGAGAGGCAUCCUUUUUUGGAGGAAGGAGAAGUCCACAGUGUUGUUCUGUUGACAUAGGAAUGAAUAGUCGACGUCAAAUUAUGCAUUCAUUUUCUUUUCUUUUUCCUUUUUUAUUUGCAGUCAUCAUAUAUCAUCUUUCUUUCAGAACUUCUUUUACUUAAAUACUUCCAUAGAAAAUAAAAAAAAAAAAUUAAAGCUUAAAUGAAAAAUAUAAUUUAAAAGCUGAAAUAUACUAAAUUUAGUUGUUGGCAACUCAUCAAACAUAUAAUAUUUCUACUCCUUCAAUUCUUAAUAUUUAUUUUUAUCUUACAUACAUGACUUUUUAAACAUAUACAUAUAAACAGUGAGAUUCUUUUGGAUACUGUAAUUUUUGUUGGUUUUGAUUGAGCCCUUGAAAUUAAUUUCAAGUUUGGAAAUUAAGAAAUUAUGAUUUAAUUUAGCAAUAAGCAGAAAAUAAAAAUUGGUGAUUAGACUAAUAACAAUGAUUUCGAGCUAUAUUUUAGAGGCCCCAAGAAAGCUAAGCUUUCUACUUUCUGACACAAUUCCAUCGCUGAUCUCACGGCGACAUAAAUUUUGUUGGGCUCACCGCACAGUGCAGAGAGGGCCCCGCGCGCCACGCGCCUGGCAUGCGCGUACGUCGUCGGGCCCACGUGGUCGGCACGUGAAUGUUUGACGGUGCGAGCCGAUGGCCGGGGUGGCUUCGCGCGUGGGGUGCUGUCCGUGUUCCUAAUCCCACGUGCCACGACAGGCCACCUAACGGCACGCGUCUCCAAUAUUUCCACGCGUGACGGAAGCGAGGCAGCCACCCGAGCGGAACAAACGCUCUCUGUUGGAAACUACGACCGCCAUGGUUCGAUCCCAACUCAGAGGCAUCUUCCUCUUCCUCCUACUAAAUCACACUCUUCCACGAGCUAUGGCCGUGAAAGCGGAGACUUUGAUCCUACACCCUUUCAAUCUCAGUUCUAAAGCCUUUACCCAUCGGCACACCUGCACGCACACCCUCAACAAUGCCAUCGAGAUCAAGGUAGUCUACGUGAGGAUCAUCACCUCCACCCCCAUGCAGAGCACCAUAACGAUGGCGUUCCCUGCCAGAGAGGAUGACGAUCGCUCGCUGACAGUGAACGGCAAGGCGGCCGUGCCAGUGGUUCUGAAGAGGAACAGGGUCGACGGAGCGAUGGGCGAGUCGGUCUACGUGAACACCGACUGCAUCAGGUUCUCCGGCAGCUGCCUCGGGUUUGAGAUCAGGGUGCGGGAGGCGUGCAGCGCUUUGGUGGUGGGGGCGGUCGGAAGGAAGGGAGAUGGGAGGUGGGUUGUGCAGAGCAGAGAGGGCGGCGGCGGCCAGGAGACGGGGGUGGAUGGGGCUGUGGUGGAUGUUUACUUUGUGGGGCGGAGCAUGGGGAGGGCAGUCGUGCUGAAUAGGGUGGUGGAGAUGAGGAAGACACGGAAAGGGUUGGACUGCAUCCCUGCAUGUGAUGAUGAAGUGGCCACAGAUGAUUCUGAGGAACCGAAGAAAGGGAUCAGGGAAGAACAAAGCUGUGAUGGGGUAAGUAGUGGUUACAUUAAGAAUGGUGGGGAGGAUGAACUGGGAGAGCUGUCAUGGUUCAGCGCAGGAGUAAGGGUAGGAAUGGGACUGGGGCUCGCUAUGUGUUUGGGGAUUGGUGUUGGUGUAGGCUUGGUCAUGAGAAGCUACCAAGCUGCCGCAGGAACCCUUAGGAGGUUCAUCUAACAACAGAUCUGAUAGCUUCUCUGGGGAUCUUGUAACGUACUGGUCAUCUUCUUUUGGCGCUCUAAUAACACAAGAAUCUUCUAUA